GCUGCUGGGUUGCCGGAGGUGUGAGCUGCGGUGGAAAUACAUUAAUGAAAAGCCAUGGAAGACAAAGCACAGAUACAAGAAGCGAUUAAAACCCAAGGUGAAGUCGUUCGGAAGUUGAAGUCAGAGAAGGCGAGCAAAGAGCAGUGCUAGGGUUGCUUACUACUUUUCUCCUGUUCUUCCUGCCUGAUCCCGGAUGACCUCGGCCUGCCUCGCCCUUCGUCAUCACCAUCAUCUACCUCGCUGUCUGCGGAAUCCAACCCUCCUGGACAUCAUUGCUCAACUCACUUCCUGCUUCUCCUUCUACUGACCAUUGUGAUUGGCUGCUGUGCUGCUGCUUGACAAUACCACUGGACUGUACCCAUGAUGCACUCCUGAACUUUUGCUCGACCAAUUUCUGGACUUUUUUUUUUUUUUUUUUUUUUUUUAUCCCUAUGAUUUGUAUGCCCUGUGCUGUGGGAUGAACAUGCUGGGCAUGUUUUGUAUUCGUGCUUGUUCUGGUCUGGUGGGCUGUCGGACUGCAACACGUGUCCGAUCUCUGCAUUCUCUCCCUGGGAUCACUGUGGCUCAGAUUGAUGAAGAGGUAGCCAAACUGCUGCAGCUGAAGGCUCAGUUAGGAGGAGAUGAUGGCAAACAUCAGUUUGUCCUCAAGACAGCAAAGGGAACGAGGGACUACAACCCCAAGCAGAUGGCCAUCAGAGAGAAAGUCUUCAACACCAUCAUCGGCUGCUUCAAACGCCACGGAGCCGAGACCAUCGACACGCCUGUUUUUGAACUAAAGGAAACACUGACAGGGAAGUAUGGAGAAGAUUCUAAGCUCAUCUACGACCUCAAAGACCAAGGAGGAGAGCUGCUGUCCCUCAGAUAUGACCUCACCGUGCCCUUUGCCCGCUACCUGGCCAUGAACAAAAUAACCAACAUCAAGCGCUACCACAUUGCUAAGGUCUACCGCCGUGAUAACCCAGCCAUGACCCGUGGACGCUACCGAGAGUUUUACCAGUGUGAUUUCGACAUAGCAGGGCAAUAUGACGCCAUGAUUCCAGAUGCCGAGUGUCUGAAGAUCGUCCAUGAAAUCCUCAGUGAGCUGGACCUCGGAGACUUCCGUAUCAAAGUCAACGACAGACGCAUCCUCGAUGGCAUGUUCGCUGUGUGUGGUGUUCCCGAUGACAAGUUCCGCACCAUCUGUUCAACAGUGGACAAACUGGACAAGUUGCCCUGGGAGGAGGUGAAGAAGGAGAUGGUGAAUGAGAAGGGCUUGUCAGAGGAGGCUGCCGACCAGAUUGGGGAAUACGUCAGUAUGCAGGGUGGAAUGGACUUAGCAGAGCGCCUCCUUCAGGACCAGAAAAUGUCUCAGAGUAAGCAGGCCUGUGCCGGCCUGUCUGACAUAAAGCUGCUCUUCAGUUACCUGCAGCUCUUCCAGGUCACAGACAAGGUCGUGUUUGACCUCAGUCUGGCCCGGGGUCUGGACUACUACACAGGAAUCAUUUACGAGGCGGUGCUGACUCAGGCAGGCGUGGCCCCGGUAACCACAGAUGCCCAAAACGGGGCACCUUCGGAGGAGAGCGUCAGUGUGGGCAGCGUGGCUGGUGGCGGGCGAUAUGACGGCCUGGUGGGCAUGUUUGACCCCAAGGGCAGGAAAGUGCCGUGUGUGGGCGUCAGCAUUGGCAUCGAGAGGGUCUUCUCCAUCAUGGAGCAGAAAGCCGAGGCCUCAGCAGAGAAGGUUCGUACCACAGAGGUUCAGGUCAUGGUGGCGUCUGCUCAGAAGAACCUGCUGGAGGAGAAACUCAAACUCAUCACUGAGCUCUGGAAUGCUGGCAUUAAGGCAGAGGUGAUGUACAAGAAGAACCCCAAACUGCUGAGUCAGCUGCAGCACUGUGAGGAGUCUGGGAUCCCCCUGGUGGCCAUACUGGGAGAACAGGAGCUAAAAGAUGGAGUGGUCAAACUCCGUGUGGUGGCCACCAGAGAGGAGGUUGAUAUUUCCAGAGCAGAUCUUAUAGGUGAGAUCAGAAGGAGGACCUCUGAGGCCUAGCCAUUCCCUUCCUCUCAGCCACAACCCGUCACAUCAACUGAUUGCUUCAAACACAUACACUCUGCAGACUCUUGUACGGAAUUCCUUCUCUCGGCCUCCAUAGACCAUGUUGGACAUCAUGCAGCCCUAAAAAACACAUCCAUCCUCACUGUCAUAUCAACCACAUAGACUGGUUUUAUGUUACACUCUUGCAAGUACCCAAAAGCAAUGAAGCUAACUGGAAGUAUGUUUAACGUGAUGUGCUUAUUAAAAGGGAACAUCAGAGAACACCAUCCAGGAAACAUGUUGCAGUUUACAUGAAAUGUAACCUGUUUUGGAUUAUGUCUGAAAGACAUGUACUCGCUGUCAGUGUCAACGUUGUAUAGAUCAUUGAUGUUUAUCCAACAAGAGUUUAAGAAAGCUGCUGAGGAUCAGUUUGGUCUUGAUCAGAUUCAUUAGAAAACCCUAUUUACAGAGGAGUGUUGAUUCAGAGAUGCUUUGUCUUUCUACCUAAACCCUUCAGAUCAUUUCCUGCGGUUCAAUUUAAAACUGAAUAAAAGGGGGUCAUUUCUACCUGUAUCAAACACGCCUGUACUGUCAAGUAUCUGAAAUAAACAUGGGCAUCAUUUAGCUCAAUACUAAAAAACGUGUUGACUGUGAUGUAGUAGUAUGUA